AGAUGAUGACGUAUUUUACUCGUUCAUAUGAUACACACUCUAGCUUACCAAGGUCGAUCCUUGGGGAUAGAUUGCCGGUAAGGUAAGGGAAACUAGAUCAGCGAGCCGUCGAAUGAUCUGCUCCAACUUUCUAUAUAAGGUGCUUCCAAUUCCCCCUCAGUCCCAACUCCUUUCCAUCAUCAUUCAUCAUCUUCAUUCAUCAUCUUCAAUCUCCAACAACAAUCAACAACGCAACCACUACAAACUACAAACCACCAAACCUUCAAAAUGGACAAGAUUCAGAACGCCGCCAACUACGUCUCUGACACCGUCAAGGGUGCUACCAGCACUGCUUCCAAGGAGGCCAACAAGGAUGUCGCCAAGGACAGCAACGCAGACUUCACCACUCGCGCAUCCGCCGCCAAAGACGCAGUCGGUGACAAGGUCGAUGAGAAGAAGCACAACACUUCUGCCGACGUCAACAAGGAGGCUGCCAAGCACUAAACUGCUAUAUCCUCCUGGUUAACUCCACCUCUAUACGAUUUGUACGAUGGGAUAAAUGGAGUAAUGUGAUUAUUAGGCGUCUUUGGAACAGACAUGGCUGUUUCCUUUGUCAACAUUGGCAUGGAGAGAUGGAUUUGAUUCACUUGAAAGAUUCAAAGAUCUUCGGCUGGCUUUUUAAUACCCCUAUGAUAGCUUAUAAUUAAAGCCUCUAUUCAUCGC